AUGCUCCUUCUGGAGGUCAUCUACUCGCGCCAACACCGUCCGGAUGAUGACCUGUCUGUGCGCUACUACGCGCGGAUGCUGUUCCGCGAGAUCCAGCGAGACGUCGUGCUGCUGCCCAUGUUCCGGGAGUACAUGCAGCGGCCAGUGCAGCAUCUGAACGUGCCCGAAGCCUUCUAUCUGAUGAGCCUCUGGAUGGUUCCGGAGCAAACCGACAACCGAGAGUCCAAUCUCCAUACUUGCUACAGCAAGAUCGCCGGCUUGGUGUUGGAUGAGCUGCGUGGACGGCUCCCCGAGCACCCGGCCGCCGCCUGGACUACGUGCAAGAAGAACCCGUUCGGACCCACGAUGUGGACGGAUGACCAGACGCUGAAGCUUCUGAACGCGAUGAACGUCGUGCUGUAUGACCAGCUGGCCCUGAUGAAGGAGGGACGGACCGGAGGACGGAUCGGCUUCCGAACUGAGCACGCUGCCGGCAUGCUGGGCGUUAAUCUCCACAACGUGCAGUUACCGCACAGCUCGAUGAUCUGCUGGCACAAAGCGGACGGUGAAGAGUACCUGUUCAUCGACGUUGUCCGCCGCGGCAUGCGGCUGUCCUGGGAGCAGGUGACGGAGGAGCUGAAUGCUGAUCACCCGGAAGUGGACCUCCAGAUGCUCGAACCCUUUCCGCGGGCAGGGCUGCUGCGUCGCCUCAUCAAUGGCGCAGUCCAUCCGGACGCCCGCCGGCCAGGGACCGGCUUCGACCUGAUCUCGUUGGAGACGCUGGCGUGCUGGGCCCGCAGCGACUGCCGUCCGAACACGGCCGCAAUCGUUGACCUGAUGUCGACGAUGGCUCGUGCCCGGCCCAUGUACACGCGCCGCCUGUUGCAGCAAUUCGUCGAGACUAACGGCUCGCUCGUGGCUGAGAACGAGAGGCGUGGUCUGGAAGCGCUCAUGAAACACUUCAAGAGGAUGUACAAGCGGCUGGUGCGCUCCCUAGACGAACAGGAGGCUGAAGUGCAGGAACUGGCGGACCUCCGCGCGGCUGGCCGAGCAGUGGGCGACUACCGGAGGCAGUUUGGUGUGGGUGACGUCGUCACGUACGGCGACGGGUGCCUGGCUGUGGUGUACGGCUGCUCACCAUACUACGAGAUCUCACAGGACUGGACGGCAAAUAGUCGCGUGUGCUCCGGGCUUCAGCGCGGACACAAGCAGCCCUUCUACAGCUUGCUGCUGGAGGGUGACCGGUUCGGAUACAUGGCUGAGGAGGAGCUGCAGCUGUCCCCGGAUCCCCAGCCAAUCAGCCAUCAGGAAGUGGGUCGCUUCUUCACCCGGUUCGACGGCGAACGGUAUGCGCCGAUCGCUCCGCUGGCUAUUCGCUUCCCGGAGCCGCUGUGUGAGCAUGAGACGAAAGCGAACUUCGUCGAGUCUUCGACAGAUGGCAGCGACAGCGAAUGGGAGGACGACGUUGGAGAUGAAGAGGACGAUCGGAGACCCUCACCGCCCACAGUGUGGAUGGGCGUUUGGCCAGCGAUGCUCCCCGAGGACUCAGAUGAUGAGGACACCGAUGGUUGACCCGUGACCGCGGACGGUGAUCCGUUGAACCACUUAUGGCUAUGUUUGGGCUGUGAAGAAUAGCUCACUGGUGUUAAUGAAUACCUCAGCUGCCUCAGGUACUCUGUAUGGCUGUACAUAUGCGUGCAUGCCCGUGUAGGUGUUUGGCAUGCACCCAGUCAGUGGUCUUUUUGUUUGAUUGCUCGUGCUGCAUUGGCGUCGGUUAUCCUACGCACUCAGGGUCGCAAGUACAUUGUCAUGGUUUGCUGUGCCUUCUUUUGUAUGUGAUAGCAUUCUGUGUCAUCGGUUGUGUAUGUGAUGCCAGCUUUAGAAGUGUGUGCGUGUGCCAUAUGUACAUUUAGAUGUAUCAAGUGAUUGGUAUGUGACGACUGAUUUCGUACUUUGCACGCAAUUUUGAGCUGUGUGAUAGCUAAGCAUUGAUAUUAAGUCAAUUGUUGACGCAUUGAAAUGUGUUCAUUGUCAUGCCUUAGGUGGUCAUGGGCUAUUGCUUUCAUAGCUGCGAUAUAUUGUCAAGCUGUGUGCUUUAAUAUGUCCCGCUGAUUACGUUCUGUGUGUCUACAUUUAUCGUUGGUACCUGGCAGGUACCAGGUGCUAUUGGUAGCACCGUUUUACAAAAGAACGACUUCGGGCUUUGUGUACCUGACAUGGAACCAUGCCCUGCAAUAUUUGUACCAAUGCAUAUGAUCA